AUGGACUCCUUAUGUGAUCGAUUUCCUCUCCAUAAAGCUGUUUUUGAGGGGAAUUUGCGAAAAGUUUCAAGUUGUUUGCGUACUUGUGACAUUGGAGAAAGAGAUAUCCAUGGUAAGGGUUAUUCUGUUUGUUACGAUCGCGUUUAAAUGGCACCCAAGAGUUUGUUUUCAUUUCCGCCCGCUUCUCGACACCGGCCGGCUCUAAGUGAAGUUUCUCUUUUACUUUAGGAAUUUUCUUCAACAAUCUUUUCUUUUUGAGAUAAUCAUUUUGGUUGACAUAUUGCUAUUGACACUCUGUUACGUUAAAAACUCUGUUACUCUGUUUCCUAAAGAAGGAAUUUUGAUUGUUUGGGUUUUAAUUUUAGCGCUGCCCAAGUGCAUACAAGAGUCAUACAGUCGAUGACAAGUUCCUUGAAUUGCAUUGUUUUCUUAAAUGUUGACGAUGAAAAUAAAAAAAAAUGGCUUGUUUGAUUUUAUUCAAAUCUUCUUGUCUUUGGUAUUUAAGAUAAUUCACCUGAAUGCACUGCCAUUUGUUUCUUUUGGAAGCAUUUUUGCACUAAAAUGUCACAAGACAUUUUUGUUACAUAGUGAGCUUUAUGUUAAGUUGAAUUAUUUAGUAAUGCAAGGACUGUUUAAAGAUCUUCAUUUUAUUUUAAAAGCAAAACUUUUUGAAAAGUGUAAGGAAUUAAGUCUUAUUUCAUCAACUGUCGCUCCUUGCUUUGUGUUCAACACAAAGAAGUUACCUGUUAAAUUAUCCGUGUAAUAGUUUUGGCUUGUUAUUCAAAUGUAAAACAGAUGUUUAAUGGAAACAUGUUUAAAACUGUGCCCUAUAUUAAAUAGCACUAGAUGUUCAUGUGCCAGUCCAAGCAUGGUUUGGCCACAUGUCAUGAGACAGUCACUGGUUGUUUAAAAAAUAUUUCAGGUUCAGUAGUUUUGAUAAGUUUUUCAGGGAGUCACCUUUUAUAUUAAUUUAGAUGUAAAAUGACACAUCAUAGUGCAGGAAAGAAAUAGUUGUGGCAGUUUGCCAAAAAAAAAAACCUUGUAAUUUUGGAAAAUCAGCACAACCUGCAUAUUAAUUUAGUUAGUUAUCUGCUAGCUAUCUGCUAGUUAUGCACAAUGCAGGAUUUCCAAGAGCAAUGUCAAAUCGGUUCCUGCGACAGUGUAGUUGUCAUUAUUUAUUUCAAAACAAUGUAUAAUAAAACAAUUAUUAUUAGAUUUGGUUUUUGCAAUAUCCGGAAUAAUCAAGGUCUGGGUAAGUGUUAUCAGCCUCAGCCUUCAGCUCAGAUGAUAACAAUUACCUUGACCUUGAUUAUUCCAGAUAUCACAAAAACCUGAUCCAAUAAUUAUUAAUAAUUGUGAAAUACACAAAAAAUUAAGAAGUGGGAUAAAUAGAUAAAAAAUUGAUAAAGAAAGCAAACAGAGGUCUUUUCAAUACAAACUAUAAUAAUAUUAUUUUAUGUGAAGUUAGCAGAUCAGAGUGCCUCUUAAAUUUUCCUUCAGAGUUCUUUUCCUUAUGUGUCAGCUAGAGUAGUGUUUGUCAGGAUUGUAUUGUAAAUAAAAUAGUAACUAUUCUGAUUUUAGUUAUUUGCACCUUGAUUUCUUUGUUUUUCCUUUAGGGAACACACCCCUCCACCUAGCAGUUCUUUUAGGACAUAAAGGUAUAGUAAUAAAUUUUUGUCUUCUUUAGUUUAGUGGAUAUGUUGUAGGUAAAACUCUGUUCUCAGGUUGCAGCUGUAGGUUCUUAAAGGAGACUUGUACAUGUAAAAGCAAUUUCUGGUUCAACCUGAGAAUGUAUUCUACCUUUAAUGGGUAGACAAAAGUUUAUUUUAUGCAAAAACAAUCUGUAUUUAAUUAUGAGAAACAUGACAUUCAUGUGGAAAAAACAUGCUAAAACAUACAGGCAAACAAGCUUAAAGUGGUGCCCCUUAGGAAAUAGCCGGCUGAGGGAUAAAAUACAAGUUGGUCCUUUAUUACCCAUUAGACACGCCUCAAAAUAAAUCAGUUUUAGAAUGUAGUGGUUACAGGGGAGUAUUUGUCAUAACCUUUCCACAUAGCUGUCCUUGUCCCGUUUCUCCUUACUCCUCGAUGCUAGGGACAUUUUGCCUGCAGGAACAUUUGCGACUCAGCAACAGAAAUUUCAUACUGAUGAUGUAAAUCAAUGUUUACAUAAUAAAUUUGGUAGUCAUGGGGUUCCAAUUGUCAAUUUGUUUGAUUUUUUGUUUCUCUUGGUCAAUUAAGGUAAAGUUUUGUGUUCUUCUGCGAACAAGCUCCAGCAAAACUCAGAUGCUUUUUCUAAACAAGAAUAUAUUCCAGGAAUAUUGACUGCUUUGUAGUAGAUUCAUCGCGUUUACCUUUGACCUUUGUGGUCUUUUGUCUGUCAUUUGUAAACAAUGGCUAAAACAAUAUAACUCCCACAUUGACCAAUCAGAGCUCCUGACCAGAUUCCAGACAGAUUUUAUGUCAUCAGUAUAGAAUUUCUAUUGCUGAGUUGCAGACGUUCCUCUUGGCGAAUCAUUCUUAGCCAUGAGGAGCAAGGAGAAAUGGCUGCAUUCGCAGGCUAUCCUUGUCUCAAAAAAGAAAUUUAUACAUUACAGGUGAUACACACAUUGAAAUGGUAUGUGGAAGAAGGCCCUUGAGGAUCAUAAUAACAUUAUGCUCUGUUACAUUCUCUGUUUGUUUCAGAGAAAACUAACAUUACUUUUAUUUAUGAGGCAUGUUAGGAGAAUCUAGCAGUUAAAGGGGAACUCUGGAGUAGGACGUUUUUGCAUAAUACUUACAUCUUGUCAUGUUUUUGUAGAAUGUGUGUAUUUAUUGCUGGCACAUGAUGCACCAGUGAAGGUUAAAAACAACUUAGGAUGGAGUCCACUUGCCGAAGCAAUCAGCUAUGGAGAUAGGCAGAUAAGUAAGUUUAACUACUGUUAGGUGGUUAUUCUUUGUUUGACUUCUGUGGUACAGACUGUAGUCCACUAAUCCAAUGGGAAACAGCCAGUCUCACCUUCUUUUCAGUUUGACCCUGAUUUUGACUGUGGUAGGGUUAAGCGCUGACUAUAGUGUUUAGGGUUAAGCACUGACAAUAAUGAUUAGAGUGAAGUGCUGAAAAAAUGUUUAGCUUUCAUUUACUAUAAGGGUUGUUACCAUUAUGAAGGUUAAUUUAAGUCAUGGGGUAAACUCAAGAGGGGUAAAUUCAAAGGGGUGCAGAACUGGUACAAAUCAUCUAAUGAACAUGAAAGGCAGUGUGGCUGAGUGGUCAAUGCAUUGGACUCAUAAUCUUGUCAGCUGGGGUUCAAGUCUUGCUCUGGCCACUUGCUGGACUAGUUCUCGGUCGUCCCAAGUUCAAAUCCUAGGCAAAUCUUGUAAAUAGCCAACUUCAAGUGGUUGCGUUCUGCCAGUUGGGGUUUUUAUUCUUGUUAUGUUCUAUUUGGACUAUUUAUUUCUAAUCAUUUGAGUGGAGUCCCCGUAAACUAGCUGGAUAAGCUAAGUAUACAGUCUACUAUUAAGUGCAAACCUUUAAACCUUAUUUUUACCUUUUAAUGACCACUAGUCACUAUGGAAGUAUUUCAGUAUUACAUUUACCGGGCCACAGGUUUUCUUGGUCUUGCAAUCUUGGUUUCCAGGGCACUUUUUAAUUCAUUUUUAGUUUUGUAUAUCUGUAAUUUGAUAUGCAAUUUUUAUCAUUGUUUCAUAUGUUAUUGCAUGCACGGCUCCCCUGGUUACCAAAUCUUUGUAAAAUAUCAAGUUUUUGGAAUUGGAAAGUACCACCCUCUCUGAAUAACAUUAGUAGUGUAGAAGUUUGAUUGAUUUUUCUUGUUUGGGCCAGUGAUCACGAGUAGGCCUUCUCCGGCCCUGCCUUGAGGUCUGGAUCUGACAAUGUGAUGCCUGGCUGCAUAAAUGACACUGUAUCUUUCUUAUUAUUUUUUUGUCUUUAGUCACUGCAUUACUAAAGAAGCUCAAACAACAGUCGAGAGAUGCGUUAGAAGAAAGGAGACCUCAGCUUACCGCUGCUUUACAUGAGGUACAGGCUGUACAUUAAAUUGAAUUUCUAAGGGUGCUGUGUUGACUACAAUGAAACCUGUAUAAAGCAGCACUCUCAGGAGUAUCAGUGGUGUCAGCGUAAUAGAUCUACAGUGUAUGUCCCCUGGAGGAGGCAGUCUGGCCAAGUGGUUAAAGCUGUGGAUUUGCAUUUCAGUGGCCCCAAGUUUAAGUCCUGCUCUGACCGCUAGCUGCAUUUGUUAAUGGCAGUCCCAAGUUCAAAUCCUUGACCAUGCUUUUAAAUGGCCAACUGGUUUGCCAGAUGGGAUUCUUAACCCUGUUAAGUUCAAUCAUUUGAAUGGGGUUUGAUUUGCUUGGCAACUGCUCAAAUUAUCCAUUUACUUAUGUAUUACAAUUUUUUUUAUACUGGUUGUGUUUCAAAGAAAAUAUGGAAAGACCAGUCUAGGGUGUGAUACAACUGCUCACAUAUCCAUGUAAUGUAAUGUUGGGUGUCUGGCUUUAUGUGUUGUCCCCUUCAUAGAAGUUUCACUAAAACGUACCUACACCUAUGUACAUUUCAAUAACACCUUCUGGUGCAUGUACAAGGAACAAACUAUCCCACAUACACUGCAUAUAUAUCUUUGUAAAAUCUUUUUAGUAAAUGAGGACUUGAUAUGCUGAGUAAAGUACUUCAUACCCACUGUCUAGUUUUGUUAGAAGCUUGUUUACUUUUCUCAGUUAAAGCAAAUUAAGAAAAUGACCAUAAUGUUAUGCUACAAAUGUAUUCUGCAUGCUGGUAAUAUUACUGUAUUGAAGUUAUUAACACUGCUUUUGUAUUCUUAUUUCUUUUCUAGCUUGGUGAUUUUUAUGUCGAGAUCCAUUGGGAUUUUCAAAGCUGGGGUACAGUAUGAUUAUUAAUUUAAUGUUUGAUAUACAACAUUGAAAGAAUUUGUAAGCAUAUUUCAUGUUGUACUGUUUGUUUGUCAAUUGCAAAAAAUAUUUGCUACAAAUAGGUUACAUUCCAGAAAACUGACAAAUUUUAUCAUUUUAUUUUUCACAGUGCCACUCUUGUCUAGAAUAUUGCCUUCAGAUGUUUGUAAAGUGUACAAGAAAGGUUGCUCCAUAAGGUGAAACAUGGUGCUCUGAUGUGACUGUUGAGUGUGUAGAUAAACUUUAAGUGUAACCAUUCAAUUUGAAGCUACGGUGCUCAAGGUGGCUUGACUUUUGUAUGAAUGAAACCCUAUGACAGUGUGGCUAUAGAUAGAAGCUAAUGAGCCAUACAUACCUGUGGUACAGUACUGUUUAUUAUGUCACCCAAGGUGGUUCUAAAUUUUCAGUCUCUGAAUGAAAUCCUAAAGGGUGACCAUUCAAGUGUAUAAAAACCUACUGAGCAAUACUUCCGUGUGGUGUUGUUUAAUGUUGUCUGCAAAUGGGCUCUAACUUUUGAAUCUCUGGAUGAAAUCCUUACAUGUUUGUCGUUCAAAGAUAUGAGGGAUGCCAUGAUGACAACGGCAACAGGAAUGUCAAAAUAGCAGCAAGUUGAAUAGGUCAAACAACAACUCUGCAUGUUGCAGCAAACUUUUUUGUAUAUUUCGUUGCCCCCUAAUGCGCUUCCACGACAUGAAAAUACCUAGUUUUACACUGUAAGAAAGACAUGAACAAGCAAAAUGCAAGCUUUUCUUUUCUUUCUUAACUUGGAUAUGGUUCUUACAAAUUCAACUCUAGACGACUUUGCUUGCAUUUGACAAAAUAAGUGAUUUGGGAUGAUUGCAAUAGAGAUCCAUGGAAGGAACGCCAAUUCACUUUUUGCGGGAUGUUUUCCCGACCAUGGCUAUUGUGGUAUCUUGACUUAAAAUUCCUAAUACCAGUUACAGUAACAGCACAUGCAUGUUAUACUCUGUAGCUCAUGUGCUUAGCUGGACAGAGGCAAAUCCUCUAGUGUAGCCAUACAUGAGCUCAAUCACUUCCUCCUGUUAAAAUAAUUAUUGUGACGUGUGUUAAUGCAAGGGGAAGCUUUCUUGUUUAAUAUUGGUGUCACUUAUUUGUUAUGUCCUCUCGACAGAAUGGACAGCACACUAGUGGAUUUUACAGAUAUGAAGUGGCAGCGAGGGGAUUUAACUUUUACCUUCAAUGGUGAUGCUAAAGGUACAUGUACAAAUACCAGUAGUAAGUUAAGAACUAUAUCAAGCACAAUCUGAAAAUCAUGUAUCUUUUUUAUGUUACAAUACUUACAACACAGACCGUUUAAGUUACUGUAGAGCAAUAAUGCCUUGAUCAGCCACAAUAGCAAUUUAAACAUCAAUAAUUUGAUUCAUUGACAGAAAAUCUGAGAAUAUUUUCUUUUUUAGACUGGAAGUUCAGACCAAUAUUGAUCUUAAUGGUUUUGCUUUAAAAAUGAUGCUUAGAAUGAACAUGUUGAAUUCUCGAAUUCAAAUUUAUCAGUAAAAAUCAAACAUCUUACCCUUUGGAUGAUCUUGUUUGUUCUUUAACAGGGAAACAAUCUUUUGCUGUAUUAGACAAUGAAAAAAAGGUUUUUCAAAGACUUAGGACAGAGGUGAGUUAAAUUAGAAGAGGAAAAUAGUGACGCAUUGAAUCCUCCAUGUUUUUGUAAGAUACAUGUGCACAUACAUAGUAAAAACAACUACGGUACCAUCAAGUAAUGUAUGUAUGCAUUUUUCGCAAAGCAUGUCAAAAAUUAAAACUUACAAUAGCCACUGUAUUAUUAUCGGUUAUCUUAAACUUGGUUUGUGAGCACUUGCCCACUCUAUGGCUAUCAUAAUUUUCGGACUGGCUUAAAAAUGUCUUAAGAUAUUAUAGUUUCCUCGGUAUUUUGUCUUUUGACCUAAGAAAACUAACUCCCAGUAACAAGAAUGAUGACUGGCCAACAUUCUUCUAGUGCAUCUGCCAUGCCACUAAUAUUACUGAUCUGUGGCAGGAACAUCAUUGGUGUAAGUUCUCGAUAUGAGUAUAUUCACUGCUUGUUGGUUUCUUUCAAUGUCAGGACACUGAGGCAGAAAUUGAGGAGGAGGUUGACUUGCUAAUGAGCAGGUAUAUUAAGACGUGAUUGGGGGAUUGUUCCAAUAAAUGCCUAAUUUCAAACCAAGUGAGGCUGGGUACGAGUACAUUAUCAUGGGAUACGUAAAUGACAUGAGACCCAAAAGUCAGAAAGAGGAAACCAAGAUUUACAGAAUCCCUUUGGUGUUUGUCAGGCCUACAUUGAACAAAAUACAGCCAUUCCAAAACUCCAAACUUUCCUAAGAAAUGCAUAGACAUCUGGACAGUAUACAUCUCUUAGAAAGUUUUCAAGUUUUAAACAGCUGUAUCUUGUUUAUCCCAUGAUAUAAGGACUCAUACCCAGCCCUCACCCAGCAAACGAGGAGCACAAGACAUGUAUGACAUGAUAAGGUGCAGAAUGGUUGGUCAUUUGGUUGUGUGUCUGGAGGCACAAUCAGACAAACAAUGAUGUGUGGACAACCAUUAUUUUUUCGCGCCAUCCCUUCUCUACACCCACUUUAUGUUUUGUUCACCUGGAAAAUGUUAAAGAAAAGCUCCUGUUCUGCAGUCUAGGUAUAAUGAGCAUUUUUAGAACGUUUUGUACGCCACCAAACGAAUUGAUGGCAUAUUACACCCUGACCUUACAACAGCCACCUCUCUAGAGAGCCUUGUUAACUCUUUUGCCAUGUUAAUUGUUAUGGUUGGGUCCUGACUGUUUGACUGUCAUCUUUUGCAGUGACAUUGUUGCAGCGAUGAUGUCGACCAAACCAAUUACUUUUAGUAGAUCACAAGCUGGCUGGAUCUGGCAUACUGAUAGAACCGUGAGUAGCUCUCUUGGAAAUUUUACUUGUGUAAAUGACCCAAAAAAUCUCUUAAUUUCCCUCAAAAAUUUCUGAAAAUUUAUGGCACCAUGUGGAUGUACUUAAGAGGUUUCAUUUGAAUGGUCACACCACAGAAUUUCAUCCACAGACUCAAAAGUGAGAUUUACAUACAUUGUACAAAAUGAAUACCACCAUAGGAAAGAACUGCUGGAGAGGUUUUGUUUGAGUGGUUACACCAUAGGAUUUCUUCCACCGGCUGAAACGUUAGGACUGCAUUAAGUAAAUAGCACCAUAUGAAAGUACUACUGAAGACGUUUCGUUUGAAUGGUAACACCAUAGGAUUUCAUCCACAGACCCAAAACUUAAAACUACAUGCAAAACAAAUAGCACCAUGUGCACGGAUUCGCCUUUCGUUUACACUGGACCCGCGUAGCAAUCGUGCACGUUUUUGGACGGCAAAGUUUGCAAGUUUAGUAAGCGAAAAUGUUUUACCAGUACAGUUCCACGUUUGCGCGGACUCGUGUAAACACCUGAACCAUGCACAGUUUGUGCGGUAAAAGCCCAGAGCCUAGUUACGCGCCUUUCAUUAACAACAAAAGUCAUUUCAAUGCUGACACUGGCAAAAGCUAAUGUUUCCAAGGAAUUUGUUUCAUUUGCUUAUUUUUGGCUUGACUUAGGAAAUGAUUGGCCCUUACCUUUCUGAAGUGUACUCCAUUAAUGGAAUGAUGCUUAUUUCAAGAAAACGGUAAUUUUUCACUCUCUGUUUUGUACAGUAUUUUACAAUUUUGCUACAAUUUUGAUAUUUUACUGUGCUUAGUUAUCUGCAUGUUUAUGACCUGUAUUGUUUGUGAAAUUAUAGUCGUGAGCACCUCACAGAAGAGGAUGUGGUAAAGAAUAAGGUUUGUUGUUUUGUUUUGUUUUUGUUCAGUUUUUUUAUUAGACUUCACACUUUUAACCCCCAAUGGUGAUUGAAACCAAAUUUCUCCCUGUAAUCUGGGGUGGGGCACUUCCCUACUCGCUAAGAUGGAUUUCUACUGUCGCGUUUUUUGUACGCGUUACGCGCGUAAAUAAAAAAGAGGCAAUGUAUAGAAGGUCGCUCGUAAACGUUUAAGUUGAACCUCGCUCAACUUUUGCGUUUACGCGCUGCUGCACGUAAAAAUUACGCGACCGUGGAAAUCCACCCUUAUGGAACUGAGCAGAAUCCGCAGUCAUUAGGAAAAUUCUUGUUCAUCAACUAUUUACUUUCCUCCGACAGGCGCUGAUAGACACCCUCAGCAAAGGAAAUGGGAACAUUAUGGACAGCUUGCCGGAGGUUGGAAAACUGUAUACAGUAACUUAACAAUAGAGUGAUUUUCGUAUGACCUUGAAAAAUGGUUUCGGUAAGUGUUAUUUCGUUAUUUGUUUCAUCAGCCAAUGGAUGAAAAGAUCAAAACAUGGACUCUUCGUUUUCCCGCCAAAGAAAACCCUAAUAUGGAGAAGGCAUUGUUCGAUUGGCCAAUCGUGUUGCAGUAUGACGUCAAAGUAUCGACUGAUUUCUAGAAAGUUCUCGGACAUGAAGUUUUUUCACCUGAACUUUCGCUUAACCAACCAAAAGCCACGCGCCUUUGUAUCCGUUCUUUCCUUUGUUUGUUGUUUCUCUUUUGUUUGCUCGUUUUCAUUUCAAGGUCAUACGAAAAUCGCUCUAUUUAAGGGUGACUUACAAUUUUGCUGACACUGUUCACUAGAACAAGGAAAGAAGGGUGGCGUAGUGGCAGAGCACUCUCCUUGCCACUAAUUUGUCACAAAAGUUCAAAUCCCGGCGUCGAGACCAUUUAUGUGUUGAGUUUGUUGGUGGUUCUCUUCUUUGCUCCGAGACGUUUUUCUACGGUUACUCUGGUUUUCCCCGUUUUUCAAAAAUCCUGCAUUCUCAAAUUCCAGUUCGAUCAGGAAUGAGAUCGACGACGAACCUCUACGUGGAUGUGCUACCUCUAAAUUGGCUAUGAAAUCUUUAUUACUAGAGCCAGAACUCUCCAUUUUCGCGUGUUUCUAUUUCAGACUACACGGCGAAAUUCACUUCUUCCACCGCCCAAAACGGAUCUGACCUGGGAUGAAUAUCUGCUUUAUGACUCUGAAAGGUAAGUUUGUAGAACCAUCUAACCCUUAACACAACGCGUAUGUUUGUUCAGCUCUGCAUGUAUGUCGGUAUUUCUUUCUUGUAUUAGUUUUGGACUUGUCUUUGCUGUUGCACUUUCAAUCCAACUUUGCGUCGUGUAUCGCCAUUUCAUCUGUUUUAUAUCGCUGUUUAAAGUCCCUGUAGCGUGUUGGAAUUCACCCUUACGGGGUCUUCCUUGCCGUUUGCCUCAUCACAGUCCCGGCUAUUUUUUCGUAAGAUCGUCGAGCGCUUUGCGUUAAGGGCAGCCAUCUUGGAUGAGUAGUUUUGACACUCAACCAAGAUGACUGCCCGUAACGCGAAGCGCCGGAUCUCGAGGAUCUUACGGAAAAAUAGCGGACUGUGAACAGUCUACCCUUAUCGUAACCUGUGUACCAGGCAUAAAUGGACAGGGAAGGGGGACAGACGAAUCGGGGAACUUUGAAAAAAGAAAAGGUCCAGGAGCACCAUUGAUAAAACUCCCGGCAUAUUUGUCUGCCUUAAAAUUUUUAUUGAUGGGACCUCAGUAUAUUAUUGAUGAAUGACAGUAAACAAAGCACAAUCAUGAGAGCCUGGAGGCUGUGGGGCAAAUCUUGCACGGCAUGUGUAAGCGUGGGCUGACUUACAGUGCGACCACAAUAACCGGGGCCACUUAGACAAAGUUGACCGAUCAGGUUACAGGAAAAUACCAGUACUUUCCAAAAAAAGUUGGUUGUGGGCCAGUCAGCAGCUCGUAAAAAAAGACAAUAAGUUAUUCGAAGCACAAAAUUUAAAUACUGAUAGCAAACGUUUUUCAAGAAAGCAGAAUGUUUCACCAGACAAUGUUUUUCUUCGAAACUUUACAUAUAAUACUCAGGAGACAUUUAUUUGAUACAAGCUGGUAUUUUGUCAUCUAGCAGCAAUUUCGUCGCUACCAUUGCCGCACUGUGCAAUAAACAUUCAACAGUCAAAAAUGUGACUAUAACGUUUACAUUUUCCCCCUCCGUUAGCACUCUAACGGACCUCUCAGGAAACAUAGCCUUUCUUCAGCCGGUUUAAAAGGGUCACGUCUUUAGGUUGUAAUUGUUUGAUUUCAAUCCAUGUUGUUGAUUUCGUUCUGUGGUAAUUGUAAUUGACAACUAACUUUCUUGGAAUGUAUUGUUAUUUUCCUGUCAUCCAAUUGGUCAACUUUGUCUAGGUGGCCUUGGUUAUAGUAGUCGCACUGUAAUUGGAAGGGCACUGUUCUGUAAAUCUCAGCCAGGACUUUUGUCCUGUGAUCAGCUUCUAGACCUCAGUGUGGCCCUAAGGAACAUGUUGAAAUGGAGGUUUCGUUUUCUAAAGGACGAAAACAGUGCUCUCAAAACCUGUUUCUUUGCCAGCAGAAGUUUCCACUGCACUUCUGUUGUGAGAGAUUAAUACCUCAAUGUCUUCAAGCAAACUUCUAAGCAUUCCUUAAUAAGUCAAGGUACUUUUCUCGACCACCCCACCCCACCCCUUCCUAUCUACACUUGUUAUAUAUGCUGAACUUGUCCAUUCUUAAUGCACUUUACUUCAUUCACAGGCUGCCGCAUAUUGGUCGGCCGAUGAAACUCAAAGAAGACAAGAAGAGUGUUAAGUGCCAUGUCGCAAUGGUAAUCUAGAUUGAUUAUUUUUUUUUCCUUUUAUCACACUGUGAUCUUAUGCCAUGUCCUUUAUUGGUAUCACUGUGCUUUUAGUUAAUCGUUGUUCUCUUUGUUUCACAGAGUGAGGAAUUUCCGCUUUCCGUUGACUUGUAAGUUGUUGCAUUUAUUUAUUUGUUUAUUUUUUUUGCAUUGUAUCAUCUGUAAAUUAACGUAUCACGGUCACCCUUGUCAUGGAAAAAACCAACGAGUCCACAGUUUUAGAAAAGCUUCACUACCUAAUUGUAUGCUAAGAACAGUCCAACCUCCAUAUGCUACCACCUUUCAUAAGCAACCAGCUCCCAUAGGCGACCACCCAUUCCUAGUCAAAGCCCAGUGAUUAGACCCUCUAGUAAGCGACUCAGCCGCGACCACUUUUUGUGCUGAUAGUUUUAUAAUUUGCUAUUAUUUUUAACCUCUUGUAAGCGACCACUUGACGCAUGGUCUGAUCUCUCCAUUCGCUGUAUGUACCAUGACACUCACAGUUUUCGAAUAACGUUAAGCGACGACAUGGAACUACACAUAUCGUAACUUAGAAAUUGCCUGCAAUAAGUUCUCGUCCAGAAAGGAAAUGUCUCGUGACCUCUUCUCGGAAGCAACCUCCAGUCGCUUCUCGUAAGCGACCACCUCCCUUAAGCGACCACUGUAUCUUCGCAUGUUGGGAGGUUACCUUAAUACGGGAGUUGCGUGGCACGUGCGUGGUAGGCGUUUGAAAGGGAUUCCUUCUCCCUCGCACGCAGUCUCGCGCCCAAAUUCCCUUUUCCUUCUCGAACGCCUGCCACGCAGACUAUUCAACCGUAGCUAGAAUAACAGUUCUUUAUUAUUUUCCUUCUCCCCAGAAUCCUCAAAGUGUUACAGGUUGUUGCUCCAUUCAAGCAUUUUAACAAGUUAAAAGAGUUUGUAGCCAUGAAACUGCCCGCCGGUUUUCCUGUCAGAAUAGGUUUGUGUAGUUGUUGUUACCAUAUAUAUCUCGUGUCUCUUUGCACAACACCCCCCACCCCUACCCCUCACCCUUCCCUUCCCCUCCCCCACGGGUAAGAUGUUCGGUUGUUUUGCUACAGCGUUAACCGUGAAACUUCUGGAAAGUUUUCUUUCUAAAAGUGUCACAGUGCUUUAAGUUGAUCGGGGAUAUUAUCGUAGUAUAUCAAACUUAUAACAGAGACCCUUAGAUACUAAGACGAGGACGACUUCGAGGACGAGAUUUUCUCAAAGUAGUGCGCGCGUGAACGAGAGUUACUUUGGCAGGGAAACGUGGUCGCCGUCGUCAUUCUACUACGGAUUAUAACGAGAACGUAGAGGCGGAAACAAGUUAUUAAAUUUUAGAGGUUUUAUCAUUAUGCGAUCAGGAGAAGAGGGCUUAACCUCCUUCAAUAAAAACAACCGUGCUAAUUUUCCUGUGAAAAGAGGUGCAAUAGAGCUUUCCGGAGAGUCUAUUUUGUGGAGAUUACUAGAAAAAAUUGAGUUUAAUUUUGUCCUUGUAAUGGUCCACAUCCUCGCCUUUUCCAUUAACGGGUGAUAGUCUAGAGAGAUCGCCUUAACCCAGUCCCAAAGAUGCUUGCAGACAGAGACUAAUGUGUUGUUUCUUCCGACAACAGAGAUCCCUGUUUUUCCCACCAUCACCGCACGAGUGACAUUCCAGGACUUUAAAUCAUGUGAUAACAUUCCUUCUUCAAUGUUCUUUAUACCACGAGAUUACAAGGUCAGUCGUUUAGAUUCCCUGUUAGGAAAAAACUAGAUCAAUAAUCAUUUUACUUAUCCUAGAAAUCGUCAUCAUGUUACGGUUGUUUUUUGCCCUUUUGACUUCCUUUUUUAAGUCCGUGAAAAAUGAACUGAAACUUGGCACUUGACCAGUCUAUUAAAAUCCUCUAAACAGUUUUUUUACUAUGCUUAACAAGGUGGUUCUGGCUUUUGGUCUGUAAAUGGAAUGCUGUGUUGUAACAUCCAGAUAAAAGCUCAGAGCUGAGCAGUAAUUUCCUGUGGUACUGUUUAUUACACUGUACAAUGUGGUUACGACUUUUGAGUUUGUGGAUGAAAUCCUGAAGGGCGACCAUUCAAAUAAAAGCUACUGCUGAACAGUAUUAUCCCGCGUGCUGACAUAUAAUAUUCUGUUCAAAUGCUGGCUUUCAAGGUUUUCGAGGCAAUUCUAGCUAUUUUUCUCAAGAGCUUGGUUUGUUCUUCAAUACUCUAGAGUUCGUUCUGCCUUUGUUGCUUUGGAGUGAAAAAUAUUUCAUUUCUCCAGGCAAACUUGGCUACGCCACUUUAUUUAAGACCCUUAACCCUCGGAUUUCAAAAGUGUUCAUGUUUGUUUGUACCUUGCUCCGCCGCCAAGUUCCGUAAUUUAAUUAAGAACGAAACCUUAUAAGUGUUUUGAUCAAGUUGACUGUUUUCACUGCCAUUUAUAGUCUAUUGCAUAGUACCGUGUAAAAAGGCCCCAUUUUACUCCUUUGGCACAGUUUGUUUACUUCCGAUUUUUCUUUGUGCUUGAGUUAUUGCAUUGUUUUUUGAAAUGCGUUCUUAGCUGCUGUUAUUUCCGCGAGGGUUCAAAACCACAAAGAUCUUUACAAAACCAGUCUUCCGUUAUUAAAAUAUGACAAAGGACAAAGGCUAUACCUCAAAUGUGCCGAUCUAGGUAUUGCCAGACGAUGUCGUAAUUUUCCAUUGAUUCUUUUCAUUGCCAUUUAUAGUCAGCUGCAUAGGAGAAGGUGAAAAGGGCCAUUUUCUCUCGUUUCAGCAGUUUGUUUACUCCCGAUUUUUGUUUGUGCUUGGGUUAUUGCAUUAUUGCUCUAAAUUUGUUAUUGGCUGUUGUUAUUUCCGCGAGGCUGUGACUAAUUUUAGUACCAUAAAGAUCUUAACAAAACCAAUCUUCCGCGAUCCGCUAUAUUAUGACAAAGGAAAUAGAUUAUACCUCAAGAAUGCCCAUCUAGGCGUUGCCAGACUUACAAAAAAUAUUUAAGGAAGGCAUGUGAUUACUAUAUUAGUUAUGGACUUAGCACAGGAAAAAGCCGUGACGAAUUAUUGUCUGGGAACGAUUCCAAGCUGGUUGUUUUCCCCAACUUAAGCGCAUUUUCUGGAAGUAAUCGGAAGCGGCUGUUUAUCUUCACAUUGUGGAAACCUAGCUGGCGCGAAUUGCGGAACGACGGCGGCAGUUUAAUUGAGUGAAACAACAACUCUGUACGUGCGUCACGUUUUUAGAACAUUUCUUUGCCGUCGUCGUGUGAGAGCGGAUGUGGGCCGUGAUUUUUGUGUUUCAAAUGAACCCCUAAUAAUAUAAUAGGACCUAAUAACGAAAAAAGACAAUAGUAAGAAAAGAUGAUGAUGAUAUGAUGAUUAAUGGUGCAUGUGGUGGUAGUGGUAGUGGUGAAGAUGAUGAAGAUGAUGUGAUGACGACGAACGGCAGUGGAGGUUUGUGGGAUGGGGGAGGAGAAGGACGACCGACGAUGAAUGUUACAAACAUUGCUGAAUUACAGUUUUUCUAUUUCUUCCAGGAGGAUCCCAAUCGCUUCCCUGAUUUGUAGCUGUUUGUACCACCUUCCAACUGAUGCCGCAAGAGGCAUUACUUCCUUUAGGAAAAAAUCCAUUUAUUGGCAUUAUUUAUGCCUUGCCUUUGCGUACAAGAUGUUUAGAGUCAAGCAAAAGAUAUGCAGUUUUAAUCACCAAUAUAUCCUGUCGGUUUAGUUAAAUACCCUACUGAAAAUAUUAAUCUUUCAAGCCGGUAUUACCAAAAAAGGUGACCGAAGGAGUUAAAUUUGUCAAACAUAGUGUUUGCAGGAUGCUUUAUCGAUGAUCUUACUAUUGUUCUGUUGUACAAGACAAGGCGUUAUUAUAUUUGUAGUUUUUUUUCGUUCUUUCUUUUCGUUGGCAUCCUUUUAACUCUAAAUCACAUUGUUUCUUGCGAAAAUGUGCUCUUCCCUGUUAUUGUGGAAGUAUAAGACCAUGUGUCGAAAAGUUUUAAUAAAUUGACACUGUUUUUCCAGUUUAAAUCAAAAGGGAGUCAUAUGGGGAACUUAUUGAGGAUAAUUAGACCGUUUCAACGUAGUAGCAGACUUUCAGUAAUUUUAGAGAACUGUAAUUUGACCAUUUUUCAGGAAUUUAGUGCGUACAACUUGCAAACAGAUGUGGGCCUUGUUUGAUAAUUUUUUAGGUUUCAAAGAUUAGAAUUGUUAAGAUGUCGGCUGUGUAUAAUAAAUUGCUUUACGUUGUGGCUUAGUUUUAUGAGGGAAAUAAUAUAUUUAUCCAGUUUUAACGUGUAAUAAAAGGGGCUGUGUCACUAGGAUAUCGCGGUUUUAGCUCCACUCUGUGCUGAAGUAAUUAGUUAGUGCCUGUAACCAUACACAAAAUGCUCCUGUUAAGUUAAUGAAGAAGAUAUCAAACAGCUUUAAUGAGGGAGCACUAACUAUAAUAAGUUUCUGGUGUAUCUUGCUGGCAUAGCAGCAUUAAAAUAUGAAAAAAUAGACCUAAUUUUUCAAGUUUCAAUCCAUGAACAGAGGACAGGAAACCAUUUCAAUACCUAACCAUAGUCUUAAAUAACAAGACUGAACCAUUCUUUUUGGAAUUCAAGUUAUGGGAAAACAUGUUUUAGCUUUCUGAAAAGAUAGCAAGUAGUGUGACGUAGCCCCUUUAAGUCUUAUUUAGCAUGUUUAGAUAUCGUGGGAAUUAUGGAAUUUGCUUGUGUAUAGUAAAACAACUGAAGUAGUUCACUGUCGGCUCAUCUGAAUUCGAAUGCUUCAGUGUGUACGAUAAUCUAGCUUGUAUUUAUUGAGUUUUAGUUUAUAUAAAACGCAUUUAUGUUGCGUAGCUGAGUAAGUUAUUGAACGGACGAAUUUACCUUUAUUUAAGGCUUUGUUGGUUCACGCUUUGGGUUGUCUUCAUUUUAACUAGGUUGGUAUUGUACUCUAGUCUGGGUUCAAAGUUCGGCCUCUAAAAUAACGUAUUUUUAUAAUGUAUUGUAACAGGGGUUAACUCCCAGAGUUAAUGUACUUUGUUCGGUGGCAGAUCACCGAUUAAAUAUA